GUGGUGUGGGUAGUUUGCACACAGGAAUUAUGGUUUUACUUUAAAAAAUUAGUUGCCAUGGAAAUUUUGUAAGUAAUUUUUAAUUUUAACCAAUUAAUCAUUUAAUUUCCAUGGAAAUAUAAAAACCCACUGAGAAACCAUGGAAACGAAAAAAAAUACAUCGCACUGGGUGCGAACUGCCUUAACCUAAGUACGAACCUAACCCUUGUGUACCCACGGUAAACAGAGCAUUUGACAGCAGAGGAGCAGACACAGAACGUAGUUUGUAGUGACAAAAAUUUGCAUAAUAAUAAAAUUGUCAUGGUGAUUAAAGUUAUAAAAGUGGUGAUGACCGCAUGAUUGUGCAAAUACUAAAGAUAAGAUUACAUUCCUAAAUCCCUUGUUUCACGGUAUUUCACGCCCAGAGAUUCUUCAUUCCACUAAUUUACACACUCUGUUUUUGUUAACUGAUUCACACACAAUUUGCACUCAAAAAAGUCCUACCACAAAAAACCCUCCAGCGAUGCCCACCCCCACGAAAUAACCAAAAUGACCACCAAACCCAAACCCACCUCCACGGGGGGUCUCCAUGGAGACGACCUCGUAAACUUUGAAAAGGGCCGGAUAAAACAGCUCCAAGACGAACGUUUAACAAUUCAAAAAAAAACCUUCACGAAAUGGAUGAACUCUUUUUUACUAAAGGCCCGAAUGGAGGUGGAGGACCUCUUCAAGGACCUCGCGGACGGGAGAAAACUCUUAAAACUCCUCGAGAUAAUCUCCGGUGAAAAACUGGGCAAGCCGAACAGCGGAAAAAUGAGGGUCCACCACGUCGAGAACGUCAAUAAAUCGUUGGCUUUUCUCCAUACAAAGGUCCGGCUGGAGUCGAUCGGCGCGGAGGACAUUGUCGACGGGAAUCCACGUCUAAUUCUGGGGCUGAUUUGGACGAUUAUCUUGAGGUUUCAGAUCCAGGAGAUUGAGAUUGACGUGGACGAGGACAACCACGAGAGCACGGAGAAGAAAUCCGCCAAGGACGCUUUAUUACUUUGGUGCCAGCGGAAAACCUCUGGCUACCCAAACGUAGCUAUUAAUGACUUUACGGGUUCCUGGAGGUCCGGCCUCGGGUUCAACGCGUUGAUCCAUGCCCACCGACCGGAUUUGAUUAAUUAUUCGUCCUUGGUUCCCUCCAAGCAUAUUGACAAUUUGAACAAUGCUUUUGACACGGCGGAGAGGGGUUUGGGGAUUCCACGGUUGCUCGAUGCGGAGGACAUCGACACCACCCGGCCGGACGAAAAGUCCAUCCUAACUUACGUGGCCUCCUACUACCACACCUUCGCCCGGAUGAAAUCCGAACUAAAAGGCGGCCGCCGCAUCGCCAACAUCAUCAACCAAAUCAUGGAGGCCGAGAACCUUCAGCAUAGUUACGAAUUACAAACUACAGAUUUACUCAACUGGAUCAUCCUCACUACGAAGAAAUUCAACGACCUCCCCACCCCACCAACGGUCCAACUAAUAAAAACCGAACUCUCCACCUUCAAAAACUACCGCACCACAGAAAAACCCCCAAAAUACGUGGAAAAGUCCGAAAUAGAAGCGAAUUACCACAACAUCAACAUCCGCUUGAAAGAACUAAACCAAAAUUCCUACUCCCCACCGGACGGGAAAUACCUCAAAGACAUUGAAAAACACUGGGAAUUACUAGAAAAAUCAGAGAAUAAACUCGAGGCUAAAUUGAAAUCGGAGCUAUUGAGACAGAUGAAAUUGGAGGAAAUUGCGGUGAAAUUUUGGAAAAAGGCCCAAUUACGAUCGGGUUAUUUAAAAGACAUGAUCCAAGUUUUGAGCGAUGUCAGAUACGGGAUUAACUUGGGGCAGAUUGAGGCUACUCUCAAGAAGCAUGAAGCUAUUUCGGCGGACAUCCUGGCGAGGGAGGAGCGCUGCAUGCAGCUACGAGAGAUGAGCGAAUUUCUCUCGAGGGAGUGUUACCAUGACGCCGGGGAAGUGAAGAAAAAGGCGGAUUUAGUCUUGGAAACGUGGAAUGAGUUGAUCCAAUUGCUUAACAAACACAGGGUUAAUUUCGAUAAGUUUAACUUUGUUAAUUCGAAGAAAUUGGAUGUUGCGAAUGUUAUGGAGGAAAUUUUGAAUUUUCGCGGGAAAAUUCAGGGGAAAAAGCCGCGGAAUUUGAUUGAAGCGGAGGAGUUACUUAGCGGGUUGGGGUUGGAGGAGGUUGCCAUUGGGAACUUGGGGGAGUAUAUUGAGAAGUUGAAGAGGGUGGAUUUGGGGGGGGAGCUUAAGGGGGAGGUGGAGGGGAUGGUCAGGGAGUUUGGGGAGUUACAGGGGGAGGUGAGGGGCUAUAGGGUCAGGUUGGAGGAGGAGUUGAGUUACUUUAAGGCGUGUCAGGAUCUGGAUGAGGAGCUGGAGUGGGUGGAGGACAAGAGGAGGAUCGUGAGGGGGGUGGGGAGUAAAUUGAAGGAUUUGAGGGGAGUGGUGAGGGUGAGGGGGAAGCUAAAAACCCUCCAGGAAGAAACAAAAGCCCGAUCGGAACUGCACCAAAAACUCUUGGAAACCUGCUCGGAACUUUCCAUAGAAACCACUCACCUAACCGAAAAAAUCCACUCUUUAAAAAAAGAGAUCCUCGAAAAGCACCAGAAACUCUCGAACCUCGAGAAAACGUUCCAAACUUUCCAAGACUGCAACGAAAUCGGGGACUGGAUCAACGAGAAAAAACCACUCGUCGAGUCCUUGGAUUUCGGAAACGACGUUGCCACGGCGACCGCCUUGUUACAGAGACAUAAAGGUUUGAUUAAUGAAAUUGAGAGUUUCCGGGGGGAUGUGGUUGCCUUGGAAAAUAGGAAAAAAAUGGGGAAUGGAGAGAUUAGUGGGGGGGAGGAGGAGGAGGAGGAGGAAGUGGUUUAUACGCAGGAGCAGAGACUAGUUCCGCAGGAUUAUUAUGAAGAAGAGGUGGAGGAGAGGACAGAGUAUAAAACGGUGACGGAAGAGAGGCCGGUGGCGCAGGUGAAGGCGUUGUAUCCGUUUAAUGGGCAGGAUGGGUUGGAGGUGGGGAAGGGGGAGGUAAUGUUCCUCUUAUCAAAAACCAACACGGACUGGUGGAACGUUCGAAAGUCCUCUGGCGUUGACGGCUUCGUCCCCGCGAACUACGUCAAAGAAAUCGAGCCAAAAGUCGUCAUGGUCCAGGUUCGGAAACCCGAACUUAUCAAAGAAACCAAACGAAUAAAAAAGACCAAAAUGGUCAUGGAAACGUUUAAUGUGAAGAAAAAGGCGACGGAAAAACCCAUCGGACAAAAAGAAAAUAAGAAAAACCUCGAGGCCCGGAUUUCCCAGGUCGUCAAUGGUUACAGGGAGGUGGUUCAGCUGGGGGAGACCCGCCUGGCCUCCCUCCACUCCUCGAUCCAUCUCCAUCACUACCUCUCCGAGUGCGACGAUUUUGAAAAGUGGUUGCUAGAGAAACACCGCCAAUUAACAAUGGAAACCACGGAAUCCAUAGAAACGGAAAAGAAGAAAUUCGACAAACUCUUCACGGAUUUAAGCGCUUGUACAAAAAGACUCGAAAACAUCGACGCCAUGGCAACCACGCUAAAAACCUAUCCGCAAGUCCAGCCCCGUCAGAAACAGAUCCAUAAAUUAUACGAGGAAUUGAAUAAAUUGAAAAAUGAAAAGGAGAAAUCGCUGGAAGGAGCGAGCAUUGUUGAGCUUUUUCACCGGAACUGUUCGGAAUUGAACGAGUGGAUCGAUGAGAAAAGGGAGCAGAUCGAGGGGGGGGUGAUAAUUGUGAAUGAUUUGAAAACGGUGCAGGGCUUGCAGAGGAAACAUCUGAAUAUCGAGAGGGAGCUGGUGCCCGUGAGGGAGAAGGUCGAGAGGGUCAGGGAUUUGGGAACCUCGGCGCUCCGCGAGUACCCCCGCGAGGAAAAAUCCAUCACGGCCGCGCUGGCAAAAUCCCAAUCCAAAUGGCAAAAUCUAUUGACUUCCGCAAACACGCGCCGCUCUAAUCUCGACGCCGCCGUUGGCAUGGAAAUAUUCCAAAAUUCUUACAAAUCCCUAAAACAAUUCUCCAUCACCAUGGAAACGGAAUUCCUCCCCCCGGACACGAAAAAAAUAAAGGACGUCUCCACGGCGGAGGACCUCCUAAAAUCCCACGAGCAACUCUUGGACGAGCUGAAAAAUAAAUCCGACGAAUUUCACCAGGUUAUUGAAUUAGGAGUCAAGCUUGAUGACCCAAAAAUAGUUUCCAUGGUAACGGAAUUGAAAAAUUACAAAGAAGAACUGCCAAAAAAAUGGCAACAAAAGCAGGAUUUACUCUCCCAAAUUCUGGACCUCAAAAUGUUCGAAAAGGAAGCGGAUUCCAUCGACAGACAGAUAAAAUCACCGAAAUUAAAUCACCAUGGCAACUCUCUCGAGGAAAUUGAAUAUUUAAUAAAACAGCAUGAUAACUACGAGAAUAGUUUACUCGCGAUGGACGAAAGGGUCAGGAUUUUCGUUGCCAUGGCGGAGAAAUUAGAGAAAAUCCAUAACCAUGGUGAUUUUAUUAACCAGAGGAAAAAUGAGGUCUUAGAAAAACGAAACAAUUUAAAAACGGAAGCCAUGGAAACGAGGAAAUUACUCCAGAAAUCAUUAAACUUCCACGAGUUUGAAACAGAGAUCCAGGACAUGCUCCAGUGGAUCGGAGAGAAAAAAUCCGUUGCUAAUUCAGAAGAUUUUAAAGAUUUGGCCAAUUUAGAGAAGAAAUUGAAAAAACACGCCGUUUUUUCGGGGGAAUUGCGUGCGAAUGAGGUUAAAUUAAACUCUUUGAAUAAAAUUGGUGAGAAACUCGUAAAAUCAAAAAACAAUGAAGAAAAAGUGGAAAAAUUAUUGAAAAAUCUGAACCAGGAGUGGAAUUCACUAAAGGAUUUGUGCACGGAGAAGUACAAGAAUUUAAAACAGGCAGAAAUAUCCGUUGACUAUCUUAAAAACGUGGAUCAGUGUGAUGAGAAAAUCUCGGAACUAGAAAAGGAGCUGAAUUCUAAAGAUUUGGGAAAAGACCGCCGGGCGUGUAAGGAAUUGUUGAAAAAGCACGAAUUCAACGAGAGCGAGUUGAAUAAUUUAGGGAAGAAAAUUGAUGAGUUGGUGGAGCUCGGAGAGCUUUUAGUUAAAGAGGGACACUUCGAUGGGGAGAGGAUUUUGCAAGUGGCGAAGGAAUUGAAAGUAAAAUUGGAUAAAUUGAAAGAUCCCGCGAGGAAAAGGAGGGAAGCUCUGGAGGAAUUAUUGAGAUUUUACGAUUUCCUUUGGGAUUUGGAUAAUGAAAUGGGUUAUAUCAAGGAUAAAGAAGGGGUUGUCGUGGGGAUGGGCCUGCCAGGGGGGAUCCAUGAGGCGGGGGUGAAGGUUAAGAAGGUCCAAAAACACCACCAAGAGUUAGUGAAUCACGCCCCUGUGAUUGAAAAAGUCCUCGCCACGGGAGGGACGCUAAUCGAGCAGAACCACCCGGAAAAGAAGAAAAUUGAGAAAAAUUGUGAAGAAUUAAGAUCCGCUUGGUCCAAAUUGCUUAAUUUGACGAGUGAAAAGCAGACGAGGUUGGAGUUUUGCUUGAAAACUCACCAAUAUUACAACGACGCGGCGGAGGUGGAGGCCUGGAUCCAGGAGAAAGUGAACCUCCUCACGACCCCCCUUCCCCCCUCAAUAGACAAGUCCUCCACCGUCUCCCUCUUAACAAAACACAAAACGACGGAACUCGAAAUCGAUUCCUACACCUCGAUAAUCCAGGAAAUGGGCCACCUAAUCUCCAAAUCCAACCCUGACUACCACGCCAUGGUUGCUAAGCAACAGGAAAUCGAAAAAGAAAUCCUUACUCUAAAGAAUUUAGCGAAUGAAAAACGUUCGAAACUCAUCGAGACGAUGAACAAACACGAAUUUUUCAUCGAAUCCGCCGAGUUCCGAGCCUGGAUCGAGGAAAUGAUUGCGUUUUUCUCGAGCGAGGAUUACGGCGUGGAUCACGAGCAUUUAGAAAGGAUUAAAAACAAGUUUUUUAUCGUUAAAAAUGGGGUUAAACAGGGGGAGGGGAAGUUGAAGAAUUUGGAUGCAUUGGUUGCUAGGAUACCGGAUUCAGCGGGAGGGGAGGGGGUUUUGGGGGAGGAGGUGGGAGGGGUGGGUAAUAUCGUGAUAUAUUUCCAUAGCGACCGCUGGAACUAUUUACUGACCGCGAUGGAGGCGCGCGAGCUAAAAUUAAUCGCCGCGGGAGAAAUCCACCGAUUUAAUCGCGACGUCGCGGACGCGCUGGAGCGGAUCCACGAGAAAAUUAAUGAAAUCCCUGAAGAAACCGGAAAAGACUACAAUUCCUGCGAAUUGUUGCUUAGGAACAUGGAAAAUUUCGAGAAUGAUCUGGUUCCUUUGGAGGCGCAGUUGCAGGUCCUCCUCGACGACUCCACCCGGCUCUCCACCCUCUACCCCACCAACGCCCCCAACAUCCACGAGGAGCAACAAUUAGUCCUCCAAAACUGGCAAAAACUCCAGUCCCUCACGGACCACAAAAAGUCCACGCUCCAAACCAACCUCGAUUUUUACAAGUUUAAAUCCCACCACCGCGACCUAACCUCCUGGUUUAACACGUUGCUACGACAACUCGACUCCCAAGACAAGUCACGUGACGCCACGUUGCUAAUGACGGAACAUGAACAACUAAAACUAGAGAUUGACUCAAGAAAAGAGAAAUAUUCACAAGUUUUAGAACUAGGAAACAGCAUAAAAUCCAUGGAAACCGUUGCUGAAAAACUCACGGAAUUAACCAAACAACUCCCCUCACUAGAAUCCAAAUGGGCCUCCAAAAAGAUCUAUCUCGACCAACUAAUCGAUCUACAAAUCUUCCUCCGUGACAGCAAAACCCUCUCGAGCGUCCUAACCUCCCAGGAAAUCCAGUUGCUUAGCGACACCUCCGCAACAACGGUAGAAGAACUCGAAAAACUCUUAAAAAAACACCUCAAUCUCGAACACUUGAUUUCUACUCAAGAACCCAAAUUCCAAAUGCUCGAGGGAAAAAAACUAAUCGAGCAAAACCACUUUGACAAAGUCCAAGUCUCGGAAAUCAUCCAAGAAAUUACGGAAAAACGCUCAAAAAUAUUAACCCUUUGCAGCGUAAAGAAAUCGAAAUUAGAAGAAAAAUUAACCUACCUAAAAUUCCUCAGGGACGUUGAGGAAUCGUUAAUUUACCUCCAGGAAAAGGAGAAAAUCUUGGAAAAUCUCAAUAAAGAGAGUUUAUCACUCGAGGAGAAAGUUAAGAAACUCAAAAAACACCAAGCUUUUGAGGCGGAGUUGCUCAGGGGGAAUGUUCCGAAUGUUAUUAUUCAAGCGGAAAUUUUAGACCCAGAAUUGCACAAAAAUCUCCACUCAAAAUACGAGAACCUUCUGGAAAAAUCGAGAAUCGUCGGGAGAGGCCUCGAAGAAGCCCACGACAUCCUCGAAUUCCAAAAUAAGAUCGAUAAAUUAGAAGAGUGGAUUAGAAUCAGGGAGAAUUUAAUAUUGUCAAACGAUUUGGGGAGGGAUUUCGAGCACUGCGAGGAUUUGAUUAAACGGUUGGAUUUGGAUAAGCUCGACGAUUCGAGGAUCGAGGAAAUUAACUCCAUCGGAAAGAAACUAGGUCAAGACGACGUGAUAAAAAGACUGCACACCCGCUGGACCGAGUUGAAAUCUAAUUUAUCAAAAUACAAAUCGAGAUUAGAGGAUUCCUUGGAGAUUCACCAUUUUAAUUUCAAAAUUGACGAGUUAGACCUUCGGAUUUCCGAUAAAAUACCCAGUUUGAAGGUUGAAGAUUUAGGGAAAGAUCUCGAGUCCGUUGAGGGAUUGUUGAGGAAAUUGGACCAGAUCGAGGUGGAAAUGGGGAUUAUUCAGGGGAAAAUUAGAGAAAUGCGUGGGUUAGAGAAAGAGCUGAUCAAAAAGGAUCCGAGUAUUUCCAUGGAGAAAGUCGUUAAUUCUUUUGAAAUUUUGAGGGAUUUGAGUGCAAGUCGACGGACGAAUUUACAAGAUUCCCUGGAGUAUCAGAAAUAUCUGAGAAAAACCUCGGAAUUAGAAAAAUUCACCGAAAUUUCUAUAAGUAAAUUGAGGAAUUCCAAAUUACCCGUAAAUUUAAAGGAAUCAAAAGAGUUAUUAGAAACGCAAACCACCAUAAAAAACGAAUUACACGCGAAACUCACCCAAUUCGACCAAUUACACGCGGAAAUAUCGAAAAUCAUCGAAAAUAACCAAUAUUUCAACGAAUUAAACAACUGCCUGGAAUUAAUCACUGAUUUGAAAAAUAAAUUAAUCGGCGCCAUAGAAACGAGAGACCUAAAAUUAAACCAAGGAGUUAAAUUACAAAAUUUCUAUACUGUAACCAAGGAAACGGAAGAGUUGCAAAAUGAGUUGGACUCUGUUUGCAAGUAUUUCCUUGGUGAUGAAUUGGGAUUAUUUUUGAAAAUGCUUAAAUUCCAUGAGGACUCGGUAGAUCUACUGAAAAAAUGCGAGUUAAAAACCAUGGAAACGUGUAACUACGGAGAGGAAUUAUUAACCGAGGGACACUAUUCAAGCGAAGAGAUUAAGCAAAAAAUAAAAGAAUUAAACUCAAAAUUCAACCAAUUAAAAAUAAAUUACGACGAAAAAACGAGAUUCUUAAUCGAUGGUAGGGAUUUUAAGAAAUUCUUAAACUCCGUUUCCAUAGUGAAUUUGUAUUUAAAUGAGAAAAACACCAUAGCAACGGAUGAUAAUUACUCGGAUAUGACGAAUUUACAGUCUAAAAUUCAGAAACAUGAAACGUUUCAAAAGGAAAUUGGCGUUUAUUUAGAAACAAAAGUUGUUCAAUUAAAUUCCGAAGGGCAGAAUUUAAUCAGCGAAGAAAAUCUCCAUGGAGAUGAAAUUUUAGAAAAAUUAAAAGAAGUGGAAUCACUAAGUGAAAAAUUGAUAAAAAACUCUAACGAAAAGAGAAAUAAGCUCUACGAAUCCUAUUCCGCGUUACUCUUUUUCAACAAUUUAGAAGACUUGGACGUCUUUUUAGAGGAAGGAAAUUUCGAAGACGAGCCGAGUGACUUGCAGCACGCAGGGAAUUUACUCAAAAAGUGGUCCCUCCUAAAAGAGAGUUACCAUGGAAAAUUUGAAAUUGUCGAGGGGAUUAAAAUGACUAAUCGGGGGUUCAAAUCCGCUGGUCACUUCAUGCACCGCGAGAUCGACCGAAAAGUCACCGAGUUAAUAGAAAAAUUCGACUCAUUCUCGGAUAGAAUCGAUUCUAAAAUCGUGGAAUUGCAAAUUUCCUACGAUAAAUUCUUGUAUUCCAGAGAUUUAAAAGAAAUCACGGAUUUUAUCACGGAAAAAAAUCAAUCCAUUGAAAAUUUGGAGUUGGGAAACUCUGUCGAGCAAGUUGGGAAGUUGGGGAAGAUUUUAGAGUCGAUUAACCAGGAGAUCGAAUCCAUGGAAACCAAGAUAAAAGAACUAAACGACGCGGAACUAACCGGGAAAUACGAAAAAUUACGUUUAAAUCACGAUUUAAAAAAGAAAUUACUCGGAGAAUCGUUGAAAUCGCAGGUUUUUCAAGCUAAGAUUGGGGAGGCGAAUUUUUACAUUAAAGAGAAAUCCACGGUUUUUAAUUCGGCGGAUUUUGGGUCGGAUGAGGAGUCGUGUGAUAAACUUAUUAAGAAGUUUCACGGGAAUUAUCAGAAUUUACAAUCGUUUAAAUCGAGUUAUGAGGAGAUUUUGAAUUUCGCGGGGGAAUUGGAGGAUAAUUACGACUGUCAAAAUAUAAAAGCCAUUUUGGACCAGUUCAAAACGCAUUUUAGCAAUUUGCAAAAACUCGCGGAUACUCGAAAGCAGAAAUUAUUGGACGCUGAAAAGCUUUAUAGAUUUAAAAGGGAAUCCACGGAAUUAACCGAUUGGAUAGAAUUACAAAUCCAAACCGCCUCCAGCGAGGAUUACGGGAGGGACGUGGAGCACGUGGAGAUUUUGAUCCAGAAAUUUGACACCUAUCUAAAAUCGAUAUUGAACAACGGUGAAAACCGGGUGGGUGGAUUUUCCAGUGGUGGAAAGCAAUUGAUCGAAUUGAAGCAUCCCGAUGAGGAUUUUAUUUCAGAGAAAGUGGACGAAAUAGGUCGUACGUGGGAGGAAUUUAAGGAACUGGCUGGAGCGAGGACGGAGGCGUUGGAGGGGGCCAAGCGGGUCCAUGUUUUUGAUAGGAUGGCGGAUGAAACGGUGGGCUGGAUGGGGGAGAAAUUGGUGGGGGGGUUCAGUGGGGGGGAAGUGGAGGAGAAGAUCCUGAGGGAGGCCGUUGAGAAGGUUGUGAAGGAGGGGAGGGAGCUGGGCAGGGAGUUUCCAGAUGCGGAGGAACACGUCGAGUCAAAACUCACCGAAACCCUGGACCACUGGACCGCCUACCUCACCGCCCUCCACACCCACCAACAAAAACUAAUCGCCAUGGAAACUAUAUCCGAAUAUUUCACCCUCUAUGAAACCCUGACCCACACCCUCGUGGAAUUCCACACCCGUGUCGCCACCUCGGCUCUCCUCACCCACGGCGUCGAACAAUCCGAGCAAAACCUCCAAAAACUCGUUGAAAUCACCUCCGAAUACAAUUCAAAACUUGGAAAAUUCACAAAUUUCGUCGCCAAGGGAACGGAAUUUAUCCGGAAUUCCCAUUUCUUAUCAGAGGAAAUCAAUGUUAAAAUAACGACGUUACAGGAAAAACAGCGAAAUCUCGUGGUAACCAUGGAAACGAAAAAGAAAUUACUGGAGCAGAAUUUAGACUUGCAGAAAUUUUUGUUCGAUUUGAACAAUUUCGACGCCAAUUUAAAAUCGAAAAUGGCCGAAAUUGAGGAAACCGAAGAAAGCGAGUCGCUAAGUAAAAUCGAGUCGAAUUUGCGGGAAUUUGAAGAUUUGGAAAUGUAUUUGGAGCUAAUUGGCGGGAAAUUAGAGGUCGUUGAGAGGGUUACGUUAAUUGAGGAAGUUGCCAUGGAGAGGAAAUUAAGGGAGAUUGAGGAGGAAAAGAGGAGGGUCUUGGAGGGGGUGAGGCAAAGGGAAAUCGAGAGGAUCAAGGGGGAGAGGCAGGAGGUUAGGAGGGGGUCGGAUCCCAGCAAGACCAAGAACCUCUCUGUGGAUGAACUCCUCCCCCGCUCCUCCUCCUUCCGGACCACGCCCACUGGGACCAACCCCUCCGUCACCAUGGUAACCACGGAGAAGAAACCAAAACGGACCCCCUCGUUCACUACCCGUCGCCGAACAACAUCCUUCCGAAAGUUGAAACAAGUGGACUCCUCCCACCUCCCGCCCAUCACGAUCGACGGGUACUUGGAGCGGAAACACGAGUUUUUGUCGCCUGGGAAACGGGCCACGAACCGGAGCUGGAAAACGUUUUACACCGUGCUCUGCGGGCAGCUGCUGUGCUUUUUUAAGGAUCAAGAGGACUUUGUCGAGAGCAAAAGUGGGAGUGGCUCGCCGGUCAAUAUUUUUGGGUGUCAAGUGGAAGUUGCGGGGGAUUAUUUGAAGAAGAGACACGUCUUCCGGGUUCGCCUCUUUGACGGGAGCGAGUACCUCUUUGCCUGCGAGUCCGAAGAAAUGGUGAAUUUAUGGGUCGAAAAACUAACUUUAGUGGGAAAACUGGAACCAAGGGAACAGUUGUCGCAGCCACUCACCCCCCAGGAAACCCACACCCACCGUCACCAUGACAACAGCAACGACGGGGACCAGUCCUCCUCUGAGGACGAGGUGCGCAUGCUCAGAAACAAACCACGCUCCAGAGAACCGCUCUACGCUAAUGUCUCGUCUGGCUUGUUUGUCGAGGAACAAAUCCACCGAGCGAAACCACCAAUUCCACCGAGAUCCUCGUCCAUCGUGGGGGCGGCAGCUAAAAAUGGGGAUCACCAUGGUGACGAUGCUUAUCGUCCUCGUGGUCGCCAUGGCAACCUAAUCACAAAUAAUCCUUAUCAUUCUGUCUACCAAGCGGGAACUUUACCCGGUCCCCAUGGCAACGCUGGAGACCUCCAACCGCGAAGUUCGGGCUCCUUGCCGACGCCAGUAAAGCACGACAGCAGUUCCGAGAGCGACACCCCCAAAAGUCAUCAUCACCAUGGAGACAAAAAAGCCCAGAAAAAAGCCGGCACCGGCCUCAUGGGGCUCUUCAAAAGGAAAAAGGCCACGCAGCUCUAGUUUUUUGUGGAGGGGAUUUUGAAAUUGUUUAUAGGAAAAUGUGUGAAAUUAAAAAAAUCGGUAUUUAAAAAAGUAUUUAUUUAGGAUUUUAGGUUUAGAAAAAGUCCGAUUUUAUGCUGAUUUUUCCCGUAAAUUCCACUUGUCCAACGGGAAAAAUGGUGUAAUAAAAAAUCGGGAAUUCCAAAUUACAAAGGGUCCAGUGCAAUAAUUAAUAAUUCCAAUGUGUGCCAAUUUCUUAUAAUAAAUUAUAAGUUUAUUAACUGUUUUU